UACAUGGUUUAUCGAACGGGUGUCUUUGUGCUUUUUUUUCCCCCAUUUUGUUUAAAAGCCUUUAUUUGCGUCGUUGAUUGCUCUGAAUUGGCCGCUGGGUCGAGGUGGCAGCAACGCCAUAUUUCCCUUAAAAAAUAACAACAGACUGCGAGUCACGGCGACUUAAAAAGAGGACUGCCCUCAGCCCCCCGUCGGAGAGGAUGGCACAGGAGACCAACCAGACGCAGAUGCCCACGCUGUGUGCCAUGGGCUGUGGCUUUUACGGAAACCCACGUACCAACGGCAUGUGCUCCAUCUGCUACAAGGAGCACCUGCAGAGGCAGCAGGGCCGAAGCAGCCCCCCAGCUUCCUCCUCCCCCUCGGUGGUCAGUGGGUCCACGGGAUGCAGUGCCUCAGGAGAGAGCACCCCAGUCCAGUGCACAGAGGGGAGCCCCAAGUCUGAAGAGAGCAAGACCAGCACCCCUAGUCCCGUCACUCAGCAGAUGACAGCGUUGAGCAUCUCCCGGGACGACAGCACGACUGAGCCAGAGCGAGAGGACAAGGAGGCAGAGCAGCAGGAAGAGGAGGCAGAGGGCGGAGCAGCCAGAUCAACAGGUUGCUGUGGGGCAGUUUUGGAAGUGGUGCAGUGUUCCUCUGAAGGGGAGGAGAAGACACCAGAUAAGACGAAGAAAAAGAACAGGUGCUUUAUCUGCAGGAAGAAGCUGGGUCUGACAGGAUUCGAUUGCCGCUGCGGGAACCUGUUCUGCGGGAUCCAUCGCUACUCUGACGAGCACGGCUGCCCAUACGACUACAGGGCAGAGGCAGCAGAGAAGAUUCGCAAGGAGAACCCCAUUGUGGUGGCAGAGAAGAUCCAGAAACUGUGAAAACGUUACGUUCCUGUGCAAAAAAAACAAACAAUACUGACAGUGAAACAAACCUGAGGACGAGACAGGUCUUUGUGGCACAUCUUGAGAGAACCCGAGAAUGCUUUCCUAUACUGACUAGAGGCGUCCACAGCGGGGGCACAGGACAAGAGGAGAACCCGAUUUUAAAAAACUAAGUAAAUAUGUGUGUGUUUGUAUAUAUAUAUAUUUAUAAAAUCCAACAAAUGCACACAAAAAAAAGUCAAGCGAGAAACAUGCAGUAUGUUUUCAGAGGCUACCUUUUAACCUUUUUGAACCUGGGGAUGAUGAUGUUUCGUGUAAAUGGGGAGCUCCUGAGUGUGGAUUGAAACUUGAUGCUGUUUGAGAAGAGAAUGGUGGGCUCCUGUGUGUGUGGGGGGGGGGUAGACUGGCAUUAAUAUGUGACAAAACUAAAUCCGCUUAAGACACCCGAUGGAAAUUGGGACAUUCAGCAUCAUCGGCCACUGGUACAAAGUUUGAAUGUGAAAGAAACAAGGUCUGGGAAAGACAAGAAAAAGUGGUGGUUUAACUAGAAACAGCAUUGCAUUGUUUAGCAGUUAUAUUGACUUUCAGACGAGCCAGAUAUAUAACCUGCACUUUUGUUCUCAUACGUACAAAGGCAGACUUUGGACUGGUGUAAACUGGAGCGAGGAAACUCCUUUUUUAAUUCUACACUGCACUCUACGUCUGCUUGGCUUGUGGAACAGGUUACAAGAUCCUACCUAAAGUCUUCACACUUCAGUUCCAUGCUGUCAAUAGGAAACCAUGUGGGGUCAGGUGGGAGCCUUUGAUUUGUAACGCAGGAAGGAAGCCGGAGAGAGGAAGCAAUGUGCUUCCACCACGCAAGCAGUGCUGCAGCAGGGCAAACUGACCACCAGUGUUAAGAUCAGAGACUUGUUAUUGCAUCUUUUUAAAGUACAUGUUUAAUAUAAAAUACAGACUCCUGGUCUGUUAAGAUGGAGUAGAGAGUGAAGUGCCGAAUUUACAGUAUACCGUAAAUAUGUGUUCAGCUUCUGCGUGUCUGCCUGUGGGCCCCCUCCCCAUGGAUGAAUGAAGAUUGUAAUUGAGAUUUUUCUACUUGCUUUUCAGGGGAGAUUGUAACAUCUGCUCCACCGUUUCAGUUCAUUAGUGUUUGAACCAUGUACAGUAUAUGUCAAUUUAAGUGGCUGGGGAGGGUGGUCCUGAGAUGACUGAGUGGUUUGAAUUUGUGUUUUUUUUCCUUUUUAUUAAUGUAUGGCACCAGAGGUUUAUUAUUAUUAUUAUU